AUGGAACGAGCAGCCAAUCUCUCUAGUUGGCUAGUACCAUGCAACCCAUGCCCAGAAGUUAUUGAUGACUUUGUCAGAGUGGUCUCGAAAAAGAUCUGUCAAUUGGUGUAUGUUGAUUUAGACCUAGUAGGAAUGGAAUCUCGAGUGAAAGAAGUAGAAGAGCUUCUAGACCUUAAUACAAAAGAUGCAGUUCGAGUUGUGGCCAUUUGUGGAAUGGGUGGGAUAGGGAAGACAACUCUUGCCACAGUUUUGUAUGAUAGGAUCUCUCACCGUUUUGAUGCUUCUCAUUUCCUACUCAAUGUAUCUGAAUUUGACAUGAACACAGAAGGCAAGAGUAUUCUCAUAGUUCUUGAUGGAGUUGACAUUUACCAAAAGCUACAACCAUUAAUCCAGACUAUAGAUGAUAGCUUGUUAGGUGGAGGAAGUAGAAUCAUCUUAACAACCAGAGAUGAAGGAAUCCUUAAGGUUUUUAAGAUGCAUGAUAUUUAUAGGGUUAAAUUAUUGACUGGACAUGAAGCUGUUCAAUUAUUUUGUCGGAAAGUUUUCAAAUGUGAUUUUCCUAUAAGAGAUUAUGAGGAGCAUAUCGAUAGUGUACUCAAAUAUGUUAGUGGUCUUCCAUUAGUAACUGUAAAAUUGGGCUCAUUCUUAUAUAAUAGAAGGGCCUCCGAAUGGAGUACAGCAUUGGUUGAAUUCAAAAAGGUCGCUAGCUUAAUGAUAAUGAAAGUCCUCAGAAGCAGUUUUCUUGAACUGGACUUCAUUGCUAAGGAAACGUUUUAG